AUGACUGAUAUCUCUCAGAUUUUCAAAGGCACUCAGAUCGCCCUUGCUGGCUCCGCAGCUCUCCGGCUGAACGCGAGUACAUGGGUGAUCGACGAGAAGCUUUAUGAGAAUAGAGUCGAUGGAAUACGUGAGCCUACUUCUGAUCCCGACGAACAACCGUCCGGUUGGGAGGCUAAGUAUCUAUGUCACGAUCACCAUUUCCCAUAUAAUCAAGCCUUUAUGAGAGUCUACUGUCAAGGUCCCGAUGAGGGAACAGAAUUCCUUCUGCCGGAAGUUCGAGCCCAACAGGCAAAUCCUCAUUUUGAAAAGCAGGAAGCAAAAGCUCGGAAGAAGUUCAGACAAGGUGGAUGCAAAAGUGUACCUUCACUACUUGGAUAUGGCCAAUCCGUGCAAGGGGACCACGGACCUGUACCUGGAGGAUACAUAACCUAUCUUGUUUGGGAAAAGGUCCGCGGACAGGUCCUAACUCCUGAACUCUUCUGGUCAUUCGAGCGACCAAAACGUGAUCUCGUUCGCCGAAAGUUCCGGGCUGCAUAUGAGUAA